GAUUCCCGACUCUUUGGUUUAAAAGAUCUUGAAAAAUCAAUUACAUAUUAUUGAAUAAAAUACUAAACUACAAUACUUGCAUAAAGCAAAUCGAUCAAUAAGCUUGAAACCAACACUUGUUUAAGUCAAAAUAAACUGGAAAUCAAACUUAGGGACACAAUAUUAAAAAAAAAUCAUGGCAACAGGAAGUAAACUAUUUGACGGGAAUUUGUCUGACUUUGGCGUGUUUUGUGAUGGACAUCCGGAGAUGACUUUGGAUAUUAUAUGCCGGGACCAUGACAUGGUGCUGUGCUCUGUCUGCGCUUCGGAAAAGCACAUAGCUUGCGCCAGACUAGAACCUAUAACAAAUGACUUUAUAAACACCAUGAAGAAGAAAGAUUUCAAACACUUUGGCAAAGACUUAUCCGAAAUGAAACGUUUAUUGUCCAAACUGAAGAGUAAAAGAGAGGAAGAUAAGAAGAAACUACAAGAAGAAACGGAAGUGGCCGUAAAGGAGAUUGAAGAGUUCCGGAAACUCAUUGACUGGGUUUUGGAUAGAAUGGAACGAAAGGGUAAAGAGUAUAUACAGAAGAGAUACAAAGAGUUAAAUAAGGUGGUAACGCAAGAAAUAAUGAAGUGCGAAGAAAUGCUUGCUUUCUUCGAAAAGAUGAAAAGUCAUUGGAAGUCUUCGAAAGAUCUGAUUUCCGUUGAACAAUUUGUGAAUAUGAAGAAAGGGAGGCAGAUGAUGGAGAAAGCACAAAAACUUUGUGACACAAUGAAGAAUCAUAAGCACAGAGAAAUAGUUAAGUUUACCGUGGAUCCGAAGGUAGAGAACUUUGCUAGAAAUCUGUCGUGGUUUGGGAAAGAUAGAACCUAUCUUUCAUUUGAGCAGCCGUUGUCUUUUCCACGUUUGCAUGAAAUAAAGCAUGAAAACCAGUUUGAUAUCAGGGUGAAAGGAGACAAACAUGUUUGCUGUGUGGUAGAUAUGUGUCAGUUACAGGACGGGACAAUUCUUACAGCUGACCUUGCUAACCGCCGGUUGAAGCAGCUAGAUGUCUUAUACCACGUUGUUGACACGUGUGAUCUGCCGGGUGACCCUGUUGCUGUUUCUAGUGUAGAUGCAGAGAACGCUGCUGUUGCACUUCACAAUGGAACUGAUACUUUGAUUCAGACCAUACAAUUGAAAGAUAGUCUGCUACUUGGAGAUUCUUUUACUAUUCCAGGACGAUGUAAAGGGCUCACUUGUUCCUCAGACGCAGUCUAUGUCUCGACAGGUGACAAAAUAUGCAAGUACACUAUAACAGGAGAACAUUUAGAAGAAUUUAGCACUGGAGGGGCUAUUGGGAGAAUAUGCCUUACUUUGGACUACAAGAAAGUUAUUUUCAUUGGUGAUCACGACAGACUUGGUGUGAUGACUAAAAGCGGAGAAGCGUGUAAAGAAAUUCAGAUUCAGAAUUUAACGUCUGAGAAUGCGAUUGCCGUUGAUUCAAAUGAUCAGAUAAUGAUUCCAAUGCUUGACUCCCAUAGUAUUGUGCAAUACAGCCAUGACUUACAAAAGCAAGGUGAUAUAGCUGGACCGUCUAAUGGAAUUAGAAAUCCACAGUCAGUUGUUUACGAUCGGAUCAAUAACAGACUGGUUGUUGCCAUGAAAUUCAAGAAUGUGAUUAAAGUGUUUGAACUUAAAUAAAUAAUACAUGUGAUAGUUUAUACAGUACUUUAUCAAAUGGAUAAUCUUGAUGCCUUUCCUGAAAAUUACAAUUUAUUUAUAAGUACGGUUAACAUUUAUGUGACCAGAAUGCUUUUAAUGUACCUUUGAGCUGUUUGCAACACUCUGUGUAAUGCAUUUAAUUAGAAGGUUUAACCAUCA